GAGAAUGAACCGGUGGUGCUAUUUUUAGCCCCAGCCAAAAGAGGGUGGAGUGAGUGAGUGAGUGUGCGAGAGAGAGAGAGAGAGAGAGAGGGUGCAGGAGAGUGCAUGCGUAGGGAAGAAAGAAAAGGAGUGCGAGGAAGGGAGGGUGGUGUUGUUUUCCUCGUAGAGAAGCAGUCAAGUGCUGGGCUGUGGCAGGGAGCAGUGAAGAACAAGGACAGAAGAGGAGACACCUAGAGACACCCCAAGGUACCAGAGACGCACAGGAGUGAUGCGGCCCAGGUCUAGACUGCUGGUUAAGCGGGGCCUCCCGACCAUCCGUGAGGGUUCGGAGGAGCUUGUGCAUGACCUGAAUCAGACUAACAGCCAAUACAGCAGCGCCCAGGACUACUUACACUCUAUUUGUCAGCUGGCCCGACCUACUUUCCCCUUGCACGAGCCAGACCGGGACAUCCUGUCCAUCGGCAGGCUGGACUCUCCGAAGCCUUGUUUGCGGCCGCAUCGUUUGCGCCAGCUUGCACAACCCUUAUCCUGCACCGUCGACACCUCGACAACCAAGGUAGAGGUGGCGGGGCCUUCUUCCUCAAAGCCAGAGCAAGCCCAAAGCUCGGAGCAGGACUGCCCAACUUCUACUGACCCCCUAGAGUACCUCUAUGGCUACAGAGAAGCAGAAUCGUCCUCUUCCGCCACCAGACGGGGGAGCAUUCCCCUUCACAGAGCACGCAGCGUACCCUGUCCUGGUCUUGACGUCAAGAACAAGACCAGUUGUCCGGAUCUGCGCAUUCCAGAUUCUGUCCCCUCUCCUGUCGUGCCCCAGCGCUCGCCGCUCAGCAGGAAGAAGCUAGAUUGCACCAAGAUCGAUGGCACCUCUUGUGGAUGGAGGGCAAAAAGCAGCCGCAGCAUGGACAAACAAACAAUCGUGUCGCACUGGCUCUCCGAGUGCCGGAGUGCAUGGAGGGAAGCUCGCAUCCGUGCCUGCAUGCUGCCCGCCAUUGCUGAGAAGUAACGCUGCUUCGUUUCUUACGAGCGCCAUAUCUCCAUUCGCUGUCUAAAAACAUUUAUCAAUCUCACAACUCCAGGAACGAUGAUGUGACGUCACGGUUUUCAGGUUUCUCUGCUUAACCAUUUUUAGGUGUAAACGAAUCAAAAGUGACCCUAUAAAUGGUGACAUGUUAAUGCCACACCACAGUGUAGAGUUACGCUAAAUGUCCGUGGUAAAACUGGUCCGUGUCAGUCCAGUCAUGUCCAGUUGUGAUCAAUAACUGUAUUGGUUGUUGGAUGAUUUUUAACAUUGUUUGGUGAUUUGAAAAAGCAAAAAAACACGAAAAAAAUGCAAGUACUUAAAUAGAAUGCUCUCUACAUUUAGAUGAUAGGAAAUGAUCCGAUGUCAGGAAAAUGCACAAACAGAUAUCACUGUGUUUAUUAUUUAAAAAAGAAAAUGUGUUUUUUUUUGUAUUAUUAUUUCAGUAAAAUCCUGUUUGUGCAAUUGAUAUAUGGCAGCUAAGGCGAAGCGGAUCGUCAAAGCAGAUAGUCAGGAUCUAUGUUGACAAUGACAGGCCUUUACAUUUCCAAGAGAUUCAAGACAAAACAACUCAUUUAUUUUGAACCAUGUCUAAAGGGAACUCGUGUCAAACGCUUUUUGUAAUGCCAACCUCAUAUUUAAGCUUGUAUAUCUGGAAGAAGCAUACAUAUCAGAAAGACAAUCUCAGAGUGAAUAUAUUUAUGAUUUAUAACAUUUCCAAAAAGGUUUUUUGCCUUGUUUGCUUAAAAAUUAUCCUAUAUAUAUAUAUAUAUAUAUAUAUAUAUAUAUAUAUAUAUAUAUAUAUAUAUAUAUAUAUAUAUAUAUAUAUAUCGGUUGUAGAUCAAUUUAACACUGAUCCAAAGCUUGUGCUAUCACACAAGCACUAACACACCGCCAUCUGCUGCUUAAUUUGCCUACACAGUGUUCCCCCGGAUGCACCCCCACUCCCCCACCUCCCAGCAGCCCCUAUGGUACCUUAGAGAAUCCAUGUAAACAUAAUGUCACUUUAAUACAGUAACGUGUUUUACAAAAUUUUAUGCAAUUUGUUAGUGAAAACAUAGUUUACAAUGUUAUUUCUAACGUUCCUCAACAUUCGGUCCCGUUUCGGAUUCCCGCAAAUUUCAAGAUAAUCCGCAACUUGCUGUUUGUCAGGUUCCAAUUAAAAACCCGCGGAUUUUCCGAGUCGCGAAUUAUCAGGGGUUGACUGUAUUGCAAUUUAUCCAUUCGAAGUCAAACCGUGUUCAUUUUUGAUGUAAUGAUCGCAACAGUCAUCAUUUAAUACACCUUGAAAAGACAUAAUUAAUCAUUUAUUUCUUCCCAAAAACUAUAUGUCCUAUAGGCAAAGAUAGAUUUCGUGAUUUAGGAGAUAUAUACAUGAGGCUCAUUUGUUCGAGCAGAAUAUAUCGGAAAUUAUGCCAUACGUUAAUUGUACGCUUGUCCUCCAAAAACUUCUUUCAAAUCGGAAGCAUUUGUGUCAAGAUAAGCCAGUUAUGCACUGUACUGUUAACUCUAUAUGACUGUUCUUAAUCACAGACCCUUGGAAUAAAGGUUCCAGCACUGAUUUGGCAUUCCAGUGGUUGCAGAUAUAUUAACUGUUCAAUUAGAAGAAAUGAUCGCAUGGAAUUUUGUAAAUGAUUUUCUAUUUAUGCAUUGGAAAUGCUGUAAAUGAUUAUUAUGAAUGCCACUCCUCAAAAAAACUUCAAAUGAGGAAAGUCAAAUAUGUGAUUUGUAUGUCUUUGAAAUCGUGUUCAUUUUUUCCCCCACUUUUUUUAAUAAAAAUGUCUUUGUGUUUAA